AAGUAGUUGAAUAGGACGAGGAUAGAUAGAUUGACGAGAGAGAAAGGGAGGAACCCGUUGAAAUUGAACACCAAAUCUGAGAGAUCAUAAUAUCUCACUCAGGAUUCCUCUGCAAUUUCAUUCUCACAGAAACAUGAGUAUGACCCAGUUCGCUAUGGUUGAGGAAUUGGCUUCUCUUGUCAAGGACAAUCUUUCGUGCAAGCAUCUUAUUCUCUCAGUGGAAGAGGCUUUGGUGGAUUUCCUUCAGAGUGAUACCAGUUCCAGUGGAGUCUUGCAGUUGGAACCAAUGAACUCAUACAACCGUCUUCUCUUGCAUCGUCUUGCAGAUAUAUUUGGAUUUUCCCAUGAAUCUGUUGGUGAAGGAGAGGAGCGGCAUUUAGUUUUGGAGCGAUGCCCGGAGACAUCAAUACCGUCCAUCCUUGUCAGUGAUAUUUUGUGGCAGUAUGAUGAGCCUGAAUCUCCAAUGACUUCACACUUAUUAUUAAAGAGGUCAGAAGCCCCUCCAGUGUUGAGGAAAAAAUCUCCUCCGCUUCAACAUUCACUAGAGGAGAGAGAAGCAGCAUAUUUGGCAGCUCGUGAGCGAAUAUUUUCGAGGGAUUUGGGAGAAGUAAAGGAAUCUGUCACUCAGAGGCAACGCAAUGUUCCUGUGGUUGCCCGUCGGAUGAUAGCACAUGCCCUAGGCAAAAGAAUCAACCCAUCCAGUCAGGAUGCCACUCAUGAGGAUUGCAACGCAUCUAGAGGGCUGAGUGAUAAGUUGAAUUGUCAAGGCAAGGUUGAAGUUGAGACCAAUUUGAUUGUGGAAGCUUGUCAUCAGACCCUCACCCCUUUGGACCAAAAUGUGAACUCCUGUGGUGAAGUGAAAAAGAACAACCGUAGUUUGAAUGCAUCACCCCCAAGUCUAAGUGAAAGGAAGACAUCCCAAAAACAAGAUGACAAGAUUUCUGGUGCUGUCAGCAGCAUAUCUCAAAACGGAAGAAAAGGACAUGGUGCAGAUGAGGAAGACAUCAAAAGGGAACAUUUGGGUGCAGCAAAGAGGAUGUUUGCUCAUGCCCUAGGAAUGCGCUCAGGGAAGAAUGGUGUUUCAUCAACAGGCAGCGAGAUAAAGCAUGUUAACAUGGAGUGAAGUUAUGAAAAGCAUGUUGGUUGUUGGAUUCGUUUCUCUUGGUACUCAGCACGCGUCAACUGGAGUGUUGGGGGAGUCUUCAGUCACAGCCAAAGGAUUGUUUAUGGGCAGGUAAUGAUGGCUCGGAUGAUAUCAAUGGAGAUGCAUGGCAAAAGAAGUGAUCCGUUUGGUACAUGUUGGCUGCUCACUUAUAUGGACGCACAUGCACAAUGAUAAUCCUCAUAGCCAACUGAUAUCUGCAGAUACUUGAGCAGCUCUUCGUGUAAAAACGAAGUCGAUUCAUGUAGCUGAAAUAUUUUGGAUGAUGGGGUUGUGGGCUGUACUUGAUAUUGUUUUGAGGAAAAUAGAGGCAUGCAUACAGCUUAUCGAGUGUCAUUUUGGUGUGAUCAAGUACAUUCUUUUUGUGUCAACUGUCAAAGUUUGUGGUUGUAAUUGGUGGUGUUACCGCUCAAUAUUAUGGGUUUUGUUUUUGUGUCUUCAUAAUUCUGUAUAAGAUAUUUUAAGAGUGUUCUGCUUCAUGGGCUAUAAUACUAUGAUUGCAUUUCUUCAUGCCUUGGUUUAGGCAUUGUCAA